CUGUUGACGUUUGUGUGCCACUGUCCUCGCGAGAUUUGCAAGGCGGCGGUGACGGCAGUCAGAGCAGCAAAGGAGAACACUUUUUAAACACAAGUUUACGUCGACAAGUAUUUGCCGCCAUGUCUUCUUCUUCUUCUUUUUGUCCGCUACUCUAUUUGCUAACCCUCGGUUUUGUGCUCCAUACUUCCUGGGCUAAGCAGCGCAGCCUCGCAGCAGAGAAUCUGCUGGUCAUCACUGCGGCAACAGAGGAGACGGACGGCUUUUUACGCUUUAUGAGGACGGCCAAAGAGUUCAACUACACAGUGAAGAUCCUGGGCCUGGGGGAGGACUGGCGAGGGGGUGAUGUGGCCCGCACGGUGGGUGGCGGUCAGAAGGUGCGAUGGUUGAAGAAGGAGCUGCUGAAACACGCUCACCAGGAAGAGUUGGUCAUCAUGUUUGUGGACAGCUACGACGUGAUCUUCGCUUCAGGUCCGGAGGAACUUCUGUACAAGUUUUCCCGCCUUGGUCACCGAGUGGUGUUCUCAGCAGAGGGCUUCUGUUGGCCAAACCAGAGGCUGGCUCCCAAGUAUCCCACGGUGCAUACUGGGAAACGCUACCUCAACUCGGGAGGGUUUGUGGGCCUUGCUCCAGACCUAAAUGCCAUGGUCCAGCAGUGGAAGUUGAAAGACGAUGACGACGAUCAGCUUUUCUACACCAAAAUCUACUUAGACCGCGCCCAAAGGACCAAAUUCAACAUGACUCUGGACCACCGCUCAAGAAUCUUCCAGAAUCUCAAUGGAGCAGUUGAUGAAGUCGUUUUAAAGUUUGAGAAGGCAAAGGUCAGAGUGAGGAACGUGGCCUAUGACACACUUCCUGUCGUCAUCCAUGGCAACGGACCCACCAAGCUGCACCUCAACUAUCUGGGCAACUAUGUUCCGAAGGCGUGGACCUAUGAAGACGGCUGCGGUAUCUGUGACAACGACCUGCUCAGCUUUGACGAUGUGGAUGAGCAGGACAUGCCGCUGGUUCAAGUGGCUGUGUUCAUCCAUCAAGCCACCCCCUUCAUGGAGGAGUUUAUGGAGCGGUUAACAACUCUCAACUAUCCUCUCACUCGCAUACGACUCUUCAUCCACAACAAUGUGGUCUACCAUGAACGCCACAUCCACAAGUUCUGGAAGCAGCACAAAGCUCUCUUCCCUGACGCCGUGCUGAUCGGGCCUGAGGAGAACCUGCAAGAGGACAGGGCCCGGAACAUGGCUGUGGAGGCCUGUAAGAAGAAUCAGGAUUGUGAUUACUACUUCAGCAUUGACUCGUCUGUGGCCUUGACCAACCCCGACACACUGAGGAUUCUCAUAGAAGAGAACAAGUCCGUAAUUGCGCCCAUGCUGUCCAAACAUGGAAAGCUGUGGAGUAACUUUUGGGGCGCUCUGAGUGCAGAAGGUUACUACUCCCGAUCAGAAGACUACAUUGAGAUUGUCCAAGGAAAGAGGACGGGGCUGUGGAAUGUUCCGUACAUGUCCCAAGCCUACCUGAUCAAAGGCAGCGUGCUGCGGUCCAAACUGUCCAAGGUGAAUCUUUAUGAGGACCCCAGCAUGGACCCGGACAUGGUGUUCUGCAGGAGGAUCAGGGAGCAGGUGACCUUUCUUUCACAAUCAUUGUCAUCAUCUCAUGUCCUGCUUCCUGGUUAUCAUUUUGUGUCACACAAACACACACAGGGGGUGUUCAUGUUUGUAUCCAACCAAGACGAGUUUGGUCGUUUGGUGUCGUCCAACAACUUCAACACGUCCAGGCUGCAUCCUGACAUGUGGCAGAUUUUUGAUAACCCUCUGGACUGGAAGGAGAAGUACAUCCAUGAGGACUACUCCAAGAUCUUCAAAGACCCAAAGAGCUUUGUGGAGCAGCCCUGUCCAGAUGUGUACUGGUUCCCCACCUUCUCGGAAAAGAUGUGUGACAACUUGGUGGAGACCGUGGAGGACCACGGCGAGUGGUCCGGUGGUUCCCACAAGGAUGAGCGCCUGACAGGUGGCUAUGAAAAUGUCCCCACCAUCGAUAUCCAUAUGAACCAGAUCGGAUUUGAGAAGGAAUGGCUCAAAUUCCUCAAAGAGUACAUUGCGCCUGUCACAGAAAAACUCUAUCCUGGAUACUACCCAAGGGCUCAGGCCAUCAUGAAUUUCGUGGUGCGUUACCGUCCGGACGAGCAGCCAUCUUUGCGGCCGCAUCAUGACUCAUCCACGUUCACCAUCAACAUCGCCCUCAACAGCAAGGAAGUAGACUAUGAGGGUGGAGGCUGUAGGUUCCUGCGUUACGACUGCAACGUGGAAUCUCCUAGGAAGGGCUGGUCAUUUAUGCAUCCUGGCCGCCUGACUCACUAUCACGAGGGCCUUCCUACCACCAGCGGCACCAGGUACAUCAUGGUGUCUUUCGUGGAUCCCUAGAUGCCCCGCUUUGGCUGGGUGUGUGACAAUAUCAUCACACAUCACGCACUGACUUGGCCAGUGACCCAGAAUGCAUAUCAGCAGAAAACCUUCCCAGUUAAAAUGUAUUCAUGCUUCUUAUUGGAGCUUUCUCAUCUGGUCAAAAGUUUCUGCCUGCCUUGUUGUUUCCAUAACAACCAGCAAUGCUUAUCGUUCCAUCAUAAAGCAGCAUUGUCAUCCUCAAUCAUUUCAACUGUAUGACGUUUUUUACGAACCAUUUUAAGGGAAUCUGUGUCUCCGCGGUUGGAGUUUUAAUCUAAGAACCAUGAACUUGAAACAAAAUCUAAUUCAAAACCGUACUACUACCACCGAUACAGUGACUGUCCUGAAACUUUUUUUUUAUAGUACUCACACUAUAUCGCUACUAAGUGUUGUGACCUUUUUUUUCUCACAAUGAAUGUUGUAUUGAAGAUGAAUGAAUUUAUUGUCUUCAUGGGUGCUUGGAGGCUCUGAAGGUGGUUGGCUCCCACCUAAGUUAAAGCCCUUGAUGAAAAAUCUUUAUUUUUAUGAAAUUGUAUUUUCACCAUGGUGUCGGGGCUUUUUUGUGUUAAGUAUUUAUAUUUUAGGAUAUAAAUGAGCCACCUUUUGUAUAAACUGUUUUAAAUUAUUUAAAGUGAGUGAAUAAA